UUCAGACCUUUUCACUUCCAAUUUCACCAAAAAAAGAAAAAGGAAAAUAAUCAAUUUCAAGAAGUGCAUUUUCUGUAAAUCACAGCUUUCAGGUUUCAAGAUCUUUGUUUGUGUUUGUGGAAGGUUUUCUUGAAGAUUCUGUCAGAUCCCUUGUGGAUUCAAUGGACUUGUAAUCAUUUUAGGUUAUUCAGAAGCAUCUGCAUUUGUUUCCAAGGACUUGGCUUGACAUUGUGCUUUCUCUGUUUACUUGUGCUGUGUGAUGCUUUGCUUAGUAUUGAAGUGGUUUGGACUUGAGAAUUGAGAUGAAUUGUGGAUUGCAAGUUUGCAACUUUGUAGAGCGUGAUGGAAAUUGACAAUAACAUAGCUGUUCCCGAAAAUGGGUCGGGCUUUGAAAAUGGAAUUCACCAACUUCCAGAAGUAGUUGGUGGCAAACUAGAUGGUGUUCCCAAUGGAAGUUUUAGUGUUGAAGGAUUGGAAACAAGUAUUCAGAGUGCUGUGUUGGUGAAUGAUAGUGAAACGGUUGGUUCCACUGCGCAAGAGGUCAUGCACGAAUCAACCACAACUAUAGAAAGAUAUCCCUGUGCCAUUUCUGAGGGACAUGAAGCCAAGGAAUCUGGAGAGUCGAAGAACUCCAAGCAGCCCAAAGCUCCAGGAAAAUCCAAAAAUGCUGCAUCCCUUGGGGUGACGAAAACCAAAGAUGUCAAAGAUGCAUCAGCUGGUUCUGUUGUUUCAAAUGGUUCCCUAGCCUCGCAGCAACGCACUAAACAGACUUCUUCCCUUGAUGCAAAGAGUAAAUCAUUUAACGACAGGAAAGCUGCUGAUAACAAUAUAAAACCUGCCGUUGCUCGUGUAAAUGUUAGUCAUGCUAAGCAGAAAUCUGGCCAACCUGAUGCAACAUCACCUUCUCCAAAUGCUGACGGCCUUAAGGAGAAAACAAACCCGAAACCUUUGAAGAAAGCUGCACCAAAUAAAGCUGAUGGAGACGAAGAAACACCUUCGAGUCCUGCUGCAGAUGCCAAGCCUCGCAAGGUAGGUGCUCUUCCAACCUACAAUAUGAGUUUCAAGUGCGAUGAAAGGGCUGAGAAAAGAAGAGAGUUUUACUCUAAGCUUGAGGAAAAAAUCCAUGCAAAGGAAGUCGAGAAGAAUAAUUUGCAAGCCAAGUCUAAGGCAUGUCAGGAAGCUGAGAUCAAAAUGUUAAGAAAGAGCUUAAAGUUUAAAGCAACUCCAAUGCCCACCUUUUAUCAGGAACCUCCUCCUCCCAAGGUGGAGUUGAAGAAGAUACCAACAACAAGAGCUAAAUCCCCCAAGCUUGGCCGGAGAAAGAGCUCCCCAACCAAAGAGGUGAACGAUACUGUCAUGCACACAAGUAGGUUGAGCUUGGAUGAAAGUGCAUCUCAAAAUCCUGCUAAAGGACAUUCUCCUGACAAUGUCAAGAAGCCCACACGGAAGUCUCUUCCAAAGCUGCCAUCUCAAAAAAUCAGUUUAUCAAGUCAUACAAAAAGGCCCUCCUCCGUCAAAACUAGCAUAUCCAAGGAAACAAAUGAUGCUGCAGCUAACGACAUGAGUGAAGUUGCUUCUCAACCAAACAACAUUCUUGAGCAAACAAAUGAAACUGAAACAAGCCAGACUAAGACUGUUGUUGAAGCUCAAUCUGAGACAAAUGUGGUGCAGCAACCCAUUGCCGUGGAGUAGGGAAAGCAAGCACUGAAACUGUAACACAUAUUCAUGAAGCACCUUUCAGUUCCCCUUUGCCUAAAAUAGUGAAAAGGUACCAAUACGACUUGGUUCUUUUGACAAAUGAAGGUAUGAAGAUAUUUUACCAAGCAAAUGAUGUUUUGUCCCUGGCAACAAGGUUGGUUGUCUAGUGUUCUUUUUCUUUCAAGAUUGCUGGUUUGUUCAUUUAAAGUUCAGGCAGCUUCCGCGCAUUAUAAGGUUGUCAUUUGCACCUUUCUUCGGGCUAAUUAUGACUUAGAUUCUGUCACCUGAAGUUGGGUAAUCAAAAGUUUUGGAGAAUUGUCUUGAAGCAGCUCAAGUCUUGAAUUAGUAGAAACUUUGGCACUCAUUGGGCUUGUACUGGCUGUUUGAACUGUUCUGUUGAACAUCAUAGUUUUGUUUGUUAAUCGAUAUGUAUUUAUAAAUAUCCAUUUACUCUCUACGAGGUUCUCUUCGCCAUACACUUUGAUUUUUCAGUUCAAUUAAGUGAUACAUUUGCUUGGAAACCA